CGGGCACAGUGGUGUCAGCAGCAGCACAGCGGCGGCUCCGGACCGGCACAGGGAGGAAUCAGUCGUGUCACACGUUGGUGCUGUUCUAUAUCAUUCACUUUUCGGGAAUACUUUAUUUUUUUCCUCUCAGAAGAUAUGAGACGAGUUGUACGACAGAGCAAAUUCCGUCACGUCUUUGGCCAGGCGGUGAAGAAUGAUCAAUGUUACGAUGAUAUCCGGGUAUCAAGGGUCACAUGGGACAGCUCUUUCUGUGCAGUCAAUCCAAAAUUUGUUGCCAUAAUCAUUGAGGCCAGUGGUGGUGGAGCUUUUCUUGUUCUUCCCCUUCACAAGUCGGGACGCAUUGACAAAUCCUACCCCACAGUGUGUGGUCACACAGGCCCGGUGUUAGACAUCGACUGGUGCCCCCACAAUGAUCAGGUCAUUGCCAGCGGCUCCGAGGACUGCACAGUGAUGGUGUGGCAGAUUCCUGAGAAUGGCCUCGUCACUGCCAUGUCUGAGCCAGUGGUCGUUCUGGAGGGUCACUCCAAGCGUGUUGGCAUCAUCACAUGGCAUCCAACAGCACGUAAUGUCCUCCUUAGUGCAGGUUGUGACAACCAGAUCAUCAUCUGGAACGUGGGCACAGGUGAGGCCAUGAUCAAUUUGGAAGACAUGCAUGCAGAUGUCAUUUACAACGUGUCCUGGAACCGGAACGGAAGCCUCAUCUGCACCUCCUGCAAGGACAAGGCCGUCCGUGUCAUUGACCCCCGCAAGGAGAAGAUCAUCGCUGAGAGGGAGAAAGCACAUGAUGGUGCUCGACCCAUGAGAGCCAUUUUCCUGUCUGAUGGCAACAUCCUCACCACAGGGUUCAGCCGCAUGAGUGAGAGACAACUCACGCUGUGGAACGCGGACAACAUGGAGGAGCCCCUGUCUGUUAACGAGAUGGACACCAGCAACGGAGUGCUCUUGCCGUUCUAUGACCCGGACACCAAUGUGGUUUACCUCUGUGGAAAGGGUGACAGCAGCAUCCGCUACUUUGAAAUCACAGACGAGCAUCCAUACGUUCACUUCCUCAGCACCUUCGUUACCAAGGAGCCCCAGAGGGGCAUGGGCUAUAUGCCCAAGAGGGGCCUUGAUGUCAAUAAGUGUGAAAUUGCAAGGUUCUACAAACUGCAUGAAAGGAAGUGUGAGCCUAUCGUGAUGACUGUGCCCAGAAAGUCGGACCUGUUCCAGGACGACUUGUACCCAGAUACGGCCGGAGCGGAUCAUGCCCUGGAGGCUGAGGAGUGGUUUGAGGGCAAGAAUGGAGACCCCAUACUCAUCUCCCUCAAGAACGGCUAUGUUCCACUCAAGAGCCGCGAAUUCAAGGUUGUCAAAAAGAACCUUUUGGACAGCAAGGUGACCAAGAACACAGAGAACUCGAGCCCUGCCAACAAGUCUGCCUCUCCGACUCCAUCCAUUAAAUCUGAAGCCAAGCUGGAGGAGAUUUUGAAAGAAAUAAAAUCCCUCAAGGACCUGGUCAGCAGUCAGGAGAAGCGAAUCAUCAAUCUCGAAGAGCAAAUAUCCAACAUUACCAUUUAAAGACCCAACUCUCCCCCCCAACCCCCGCUGUAAUUCAGGACGUUCCAUUGGCUGGGUGGUGGGCAGGACCGGUCACUGCCUUAUCUCAAUGACGGUGUUCGUCCGAGUCCUGCCUAGCAACGAUCCCUAGCAACAUUCCAGAUGAACUUCUUCUUCUUUUUCUUCCUCUUCUUAGCCAGCCCCCGACCCUCAGUUUAACACAGGUGGAAUAAGAUGGAGGUUUGGCAAAUUUAACUGAAAAACAAAUUUCUCUGACUUUUAUUCUGUGGCAGCCUUUUUUUUUUUUUGUUUAUUUGUAUAAAAAGGUCCUUUUUUUGUUUUAGAGUGAACAUUACAACAUUAUAGUAACAUUAUUUUUAGGUAGCAGUAUUUCUUUUCUCCUUUUUUUUUUUUUUUUUUUUUUUUACCAUACACCAAAAUUCAAAUGUUGCCAAAACCUUUUUUUACACCUCUUCCACAGUAUUUCUUUGUCUCUCUUGUGGGAAUAUUUAAAAUGCAAACAGGGAAGCUUCAAAGCGGUAAACUACAAGGAGAGGAAUUAAAAAAAAUUAAAUAAAAACAAUGAAAUAGAAGAGGACAAUUAACAUUUGAAUUUAGUCUGAAUAUAAUAAUAAACAUUUAGCUGCCACAGUCCACUCUAAGCACCAGAUAAAUCAUGGUUGCUGAAGCUGAACAAAUCAACACUGGCUUUCUGCUCUUCCUUUUCAUUCCUGCUCUGACCUCUGCGUGUGGACGAUCUUGAUGUUGUAGAUCGUCCACACGCGACCACUCCCAUCAUCCCGUCAUUAACUUGCACUUUGCGUUUAUUGGACAAAAUGACACAUUAUACAUUCCGCAGUUGAAUGGCACAUGUUAGAAUGUCAUUCCUCCUCCUGACAACACUCUACUGUAGUGACGCGCUCACACUGGUUGGCAUGUUUCCGUGCUUCCCGUGGAAACUCCAACCUUUGUGCAGGAAAAACUCAACCCCUGCUUUAUUUUUGUAAGAGGUUCAGUGGCCAACGUCUGUGUUUAACACCCACAGGUUAGUGCCAGCGCACGUCUUAUUUUUCUUCUUAUGGAUAAAACAGAAACCAUCUUUAGAUUCUGUCAAAUCAAACAGGAGCUGAUAUGAAAUGACACCACGUAGUCACACAUACACAGACAAGACAACCUCCUUUUCUGCGACCUGUCUCCGUAGACGUUCCUGUAGUGUUUCUCGCCUCUACCCUGGACAAACUGAAAAGUCCACAGUUAAUUUCAUCCCUUUUCUUGUUCCUGUGCUUAUAUCCCUCUUAGCACUUCCACUCCUCGUUUUUUUUUCUUAUUUUUUAAUUUCUCUGAUAUGCCCAGCCCCCCCCUCCCAUUGAAUAUAAAUAAUGAACCAUGGAAUUGUUCACUCCAAUAUAAAAAAAAGAAAAAAAAAGCUCUAUUUUUUGAUGUUGUAGAUUUAGCUUCCCAGUGGGAAGCAGAGACGGGUAAUGGUUCAGUCUGUUGUUUUGCCUUCAGUUGUUGUUGUUGUUACCACUGUAAAGACCUGAAAGUGCCAUAAAGGUGACACGAAAGUGUUUGUAGGAAGGAAUGUCGUGCAAGUAGAUUUGUGUAAUAAACGGACGAGUCGGUAGGUGCCCAGAUUUAAAAACCACUUUGAGGUGCUAUUUAGUACAAACACUCGAGUUCUAAAGGACCCUGUUCCUCAUGUACUGUACGUCAGCCACGUGACGAGAUGACAUCAUGAACUCCUAUCAGCCCAUUCCAAAUGCACCAGGCAGCAUUUACUGGUCAGGGUUUGUGUCCCCCUUUUUUGACUCUUUUCCACCUUGGUACGGGUAUUCAAAUCAUCGCCAUCAUGAUGUCAAACCGAGAGGCCGUCGGCUGAUCGAGGCACAGCCUUUCCAGCCGCCGCCUCCACCGCUGCCGUGGCUUCUAGACGCAAUUUGAACAGAGAGUCUUAGAAUCGUAGUCGGAGAGAAGUCGACAGAAGUCAAACUGACGCUCUCUAGAUUCUUUAUAGCACUGAUGGCACACGAGUUCUGUGAGUAGAGAUCCAAAGGGACACUGUAGGUGGGAGAAAUGUGCGGUUGAGCGAUAGAUGUACGUUUGUAAUUAAGGUCUAGAAACUGAGUGAAAGCUGUGUAAAUAACAUGACCAUAAUUUCUGUAAUCUUUUUUUUUUUUUUUUAAUCAUGUUUUUUUUGUUUUUUCGUGGUUGUGCUGAAGAGGGUAUUUGUGAGGGCGGUGGGUUUCUAAAUGUUUUCCCCGUGUCUGUUGUUCCCCGCACCUUUUGCCAUAAAUGUACCAUGAGACAACAGGAGCCUCUGUUAUAUUGGAGGUCGUAUGAAUAUCAAGAACGAACCAGGAUGGAGCCUCACGUCGAGGUCUGCGCAGCAUUUUUGUUCAUUAUUCUUGCUUCAAGUAUCAAGCAUUGAUUAUAAGAAAAAUUAAUAAAGAAUUUUUAAAACUGA